GGUGUAUAGUCGAGUAUCUCCCCUCUUCCCCCUGGCGUAAAAGAAAAAUCUCCCGUCUCGUCGUCGCCUCCGCUCCUUGCGCCAUCUCGCGGCGCCGAUCUCCUUCUGGCGAGCCGAGCAGAGCAGACCAGGGCAGGGGAGCGGAGGGGAUCCUAGGUGUUGCAGUUUCUUUUCUCGUGGACGGUCUAAAGGUGGUGAAGAGGCUGUACAGAUCACGAUCCCGCAAGUGAGGUUUGAGGAUGAUGAACUAAAGGGCUUGUCCGAGCUACUGCGGCAGGAGAUCUGAUAAAACCAGUCAAGAGGCGAGUCUCAGAGGUGCUAGGACGAGAUGGAUGAAGUUGCUGAGAUUGCUGAUGCUAUGGGUACGGUUGGCAUUGAUAAUGGGGCAAGCCGGAAGUUGUUGUCGAACGAGAGUUUAGAGGAGCGAGGAGAAGAGCAUGAUGUGCAGGCUGAUGGGGCGCACUCGGGUGAGAGUGAGGUGAUCAACCCCGCUGAGGAGGUGGGUGGAGAAGCCACCUCACAGCCAGAAGACGUAAAGCCGCGUGUUUCCAAGGGAAGCCAAAGUCAUUCCCCUAAGGUUACUACCAAAUCUCAGCGCCAGAGCCCACGAAGUGGAGAUAAGAGUCAAGCUAGGAAAAACAGUCCCGGUUCUACUUAUCCCAAGGCACCCAUUGCACGAGUGUCUGACCCAGAUUUGGUUGAUAGCUCUUCAUGCAAUGAUGGUGCUGAUAUUAAGAAAGUAAAGAAGGCUGAAAAGAGCAGUUUCCGUCCAGUUGCCAGGGCGAGUCAAUCACUGGAGGACUCAAAGGAAAAGAAGAAAACUCAGAAAACAUCAAACCAAUGUUCUGUCAAAAAUGAUGAAGAAGAGCCAAACUGUGAAAAAGUAAAGCCUCAAAGGGUUGGCAGCACUCCUGCGUACGGAUUUGCAUUCAAAUGUGAUGAGAGAGCUGAAAAAAGAAGAGAGUUCUACUCAAAGCUUGAGGAGAAGAUUCAUGCACAGGAAUUGGAGAAAAGCAACAUGCAGGCGAAAUCAAAGGAAACAGAAGAAGCUGAACUCAAAAAGCUAAGGAAGAGUUUGAAUUUUAGGGCAAAUCCAAUGCCCAGCUUUUAUAAGGAACCACCUCCUCCCAAGGUUGAGUUGAAAAAGAUCCCUACCACCAGAGCUAGAUCACCAAAGCUUGGCCGCUCAAAGAACACAAGCUCAGUAAGCACUGAAGAAAGUACCGUUCCUUCAAGCCGCCCAGCUCGUCUGAGCCUGGAUGAAAGGGCCUCCCAGAAUGGUGUGAAGAAGGUGCCUGCUGCGAACACGGUGAGGAAGCCCCAACGGAAGUCUCUCCCCAAACUGCCAUCAGAGCAAACAGUCACUGAACAGGUAGAAAACAACACGUCGGCUACAGAUCCCGUUCGGGAGCUGAUCCGUGCCCAAGUUACCCCGGAUGAUCAAUUUGGUGGAUAGAAAAGCUACCAAUUUGAGCCGCCCAAAGAAACGCGCAAGUUAUGCCUCAACUUCCUAUAUUUCAUUCUCUGCUAUUUCUGCUGUAAAACUGCUGGAUAUGCCACUACUAUGUACUAAAAUUAGUCCUCAUCACCAGGAGUUUCGAAGAACGCAAGUAGCCCCUGUAAUGUUUAUCUUGUCAAUUUUUGUUCUUGAUACAAGAGAGGAGGAACCUACUGUUGUUAUUUGUAGUUGGUAACAAUUGCAUAUGACCAUAUCCUAUUUCCUAGGCUAGAAGAACUUAUUAUUUCCAUAUGAAUUACCCUGCCUUUUUCUCUUUAGCAAAUAAGCAAUAAACUUUGUGCAUUCUAU